AUGGGGUCCGUCGCUCUUCCAUACAUGGAGACCAAGCCGCGAUUGGUCUUCUUCACCGACUUCGACGGCACUAUCACAAUUGACAAUCUCGGUUUCGGCGCCGAGCGCCGCAAGGCAUUGAACGAGCGGGUUCUCGACGAGACUCUGGGUUUCCGGGAUGCUUUCCGCGAAAUGCUCGACAGCAUCAAGACCCCGUUCAACGAGUGUAUCGAGAUCCUGAAGAAGAACAUGAAGCUGGACCCAUACUUUCAGAAGUUUUACUACUGGGCCAAGGAGAACAACGUGCCCAUCGUCAUUCUGUCCGGAGGCAUGCGCCCCGUCAUUCUCGCCUUGCUGGAAGAGUUCCUGGGCCACAAGAUCGACAGCCAUGUUUACGUCGUUUCCAACCAAGUCGUCAGCCGGGAUGGCAAGGACAUCAACAGCGAGGGAGGCUGGAAGAUUGAAUUCCACGAUGAGAGCCACUUCGGCCACGACAAGUCUCUGGAGAUCAAGCCGUACGCUGCUUUGAAUGAUGACGAGCGCCCGAUUCUUCUGUACGCAGGUGAUGGUGUUUCCGACCUCUCGGCCGCUGCUGAGACCAACCUCCUGUUUGCCAAGGAGGGCAAAGACCUUGUGACCUUCUGCGAGCGCCGUGGUAUUGCCUACACCACUUUCCAGAACUGGUCCACCAUCCUGUCGACCACCCAAGACAUUCUUUCUGGCAAGGUGACUCCCAGUCAGGUGGCCAUCCGACCCAAGAGUGCGUAA